GGUUUUCGUUUCUUUCUCUUCAUUUUUUUGACUCCGGAAAUUUAAACAUCUCUACCGGCACGGGACGCUUCUCCAUGUAAGACUCUGUCUCUCUCUCUCUCUCUCUCUGUCUCUCUCAUUAUUUUUAGGGUAUUCUUUUUCCAGCUUUUAUUUGCUGUUGUUCUGCUGCUUCGUUUUGUUGCUGUAGCAUGUAGACUUGGUGGAAUUUUUGUGCUUUUUUUUUAUUUGAUUAUGAUGGGCAAUUUUUAUUUACCAAUUUUGGGAAGAUAUUUAGUUUGCAGGAUGGGGUUUUGGGCUAUGCUGUUUUUGCAUUCGGAAUAGCGGUUCUAGGGUUUGGUUUUGGUUCUUCGAUGGAGACAAGUUUCAUAUCCCUGUGAACUAGUUGGUUCCAUUUGAGCUUGGAUUUCAAAGCUAUUGUGCAUAGUUUUGAAGCUUCUGAGUUGCUUGAUUCUGUAUUUCUCUGGCUAUAUAGAAAAUAUCCAGACUUGGUUGGUUGAAGCUUGUGGGUAUUGGAUUUUGGGGUUUUAUUUGAUCUUUUGGGUUGUUGUGAAAGAUUGCUGCUGGCAAUUGGUCUUGUAUUGAGGCUCUGGGUUUUCUGCUGAAGCUUUUUAAUGGUGUGACUUCUUGAUGUCUGGAGAAAAUCUUGACUUGGUUGAUUGAAGCAACUUGGUAUUCAGAUUUUGAAGUUCAUUGAAUCUUUUGAGUUGCUUUGGAAAAAUUGAUACUGUUGUUUGAGCCAGACUGAAGCUUGAGAGGUUCUUUCUUUUUCUUAAAUCUUGUGAAUUGGUUAGACUUUUUGGGUGUUCGGGAAAUUAGGCAUCGCACUGUUGGAGUUUGGACUGAGUCAUUUAACAUGGAUAACUCAAAAAACCGGCCUAAUGAUCAUUUGGGUGUGAACAAACUGGGAAAGAAUAUAAGGAAGAGCCCUUUGCACCAACCCAGUUUUAAUAAUAAUAAUAAUGCUGCAAGGCAGCAACCUCAGCCUCAGGUUUACAACAUAAGCAAGAAUGAAUUCCGGAAUAUUGUACAGCAGCUAACAGGUUCAUCUUCGCAAGAACCUUUGCCCAGGCCUCCACAGCUACCCAAAUCUCAGAGCCAAAGAUUGCAGAAAAUUAGGCCUCCCCCAUUAACACCAAUCAACCGACCAAUCAUUCCUUCUCAGGUUCCGGUCCAUGUUCCUGCCCCAGCUCCAAUGCCACCUCCAGUUCUGCCACAAGCUCCUUACAACCCUGGCUUAGCCAGGCCUGCGCAAUUCGGACAGCCAUCGCCUACAAUGGUGCAACCAUUCAUACCUGGAGACUCAGUUUGGGGAAAUGCAGCAGAAUCACCUCUCUCAGCUUAUAUGCGCUACCUUCAAACAUCCAUUUUUAGUCCAAGUCCAGUUGGAGGCCAAGUUCAACCUCAUCUUCAGCCUCCUGUUCCAGGUCAGCCUCAAGCUCAGCCACCCUCUUCUGGUUUACUUCCUAAUCCACCCAUGCCUCCUUUCCCCUCCCCAAGAGGAGUUAAUGGCCCUGUAGCACCUAUGCCUGGUCUUCCUUCUCCACGAAUGAAUGGUCCCCUCCCACCAAUGCCUAAUAUCCCUUCACCAAGAAUGAAUGGACCUGCCCUUCUCCCCUCUCCAACUUCUCAGUUUCUUUUGCCCUCACCUGGUGGUUACGCCAAUUUCCUGUCCCCUUAUCCCAUGUUAUCUCCCGGUACUCAGUUCCCUCCAAUGACACCUAGUUUUCCUUUCUCACCCUUUUCUCAGUCAGGUAUUUUAGGUCCAGGGCCUCAGCCUCCACCUUCUCCUGGUUUGGUCUUUCCAUUAUCACCUUCAGGGUUUUUUCCCAUCUCAAGUCCCAGAUGGAGGGAUCAUUAGUAUAAAACGUGCCAUUGUAGCUUUCAGGAGUUCCAUGCUUGCUUAGGAAACAGGAUCCCUUGCAGGCUGGUCUUCCCUUAAUGGGGCUGCAUGUGUGCAAAUAUAAUGUAUACUAGGGGUGUAAGAGAUCCUCUUCUGAAUCUGUAGACUUGUUUUUGUUUUAUCAAUUUCUUACUCACUUUUGUUUUUGUCUGAUCUCCUGUUAUGUUGAUACCCAUUUCACAACUUCCUCUUGGAGCUAAGAUUUUGUGACAGCAGCACCAUUUUGUAUUCUUGGACAAGUUCUUUUUAGGAAAUAGUGGAAGGUUGGACAGGAGCUGUAACAAGAAAGACAGAUAUAACUCCUAAGGAGGUAGGAUUACAGUCAUCUAAAUCUUGGAGUAGGCGAGCUAGGGGAGGAAUUCUUGUGUAUCUGAAUCUGUAGUGUUGUAUCAGUUUGAACUACCAAAAUAAUUUUUUUCCUUAUUGUUUAUUAAUUACUAGCCUGUGGAAAUAAAUUCUUCAAGUGUUAUUAUCAUUGAUAGAAACUUACAAAAAAAAAAAAGAAAGAGGUAAUUUGGUUACUGAAUUGUAGUUUGAAAGUUGAAACAAUGGUUAAAACAAUAGUUUAGUUCCAUUACCUGAGAAUAAUUUUUGAAAGAUUUCAUCCUGAUUUGUUGGAUCAAAUUUGAAUUUUUAAUUUGUACCACAAAUUCUGCACCCACCACUCUUUAUCCCAAAUUCUGCAUAUGAAUAAGAGUACGAUGUUUUG